GACCCGGAAGCGAGUUAGCGAUCCAGCUCCUGAGGUGAUCACGGUUCCUCCAGAACUUUGGGGGCGGAAGGCCUUUCCUGAGGUCAGGUGGUAUAACCUCCGUUUUACAGAUUUGGAAACAUGGCCAGAGCUGCACGGUCCUGAGAGCCCCUUGCCAUGACUACCUUGGGUCUGUUCCGUUUUCCUGCCCCACUGACCAGAGUGUGCCUGGUGCCCUGGGGACUCCGGCUCUGCGAGAAGCUGCCGCUCCUGUCCCCAGGAACGAUGGCCACUCCAGUGCAGGCGGCCAGCAAGAAGGACUGCCCCACGCUGCUCUCCCUGAACGAGCAUGAGCUUGAAGAGCAGUUCGUGAAAGGCCACGGUCCAGGGGGCCAGGCAACCAACAAAACAAGCAACUGCGUGGUGCUGAGACACGUGCCCUCGGGCAUCGUCGUCAAGUGCCACCAGACCAGAUCCGUUGACCAAAACAGAAAGCUAGCUCGGAGAAUCCUGCAAGAGAAAGUGGACGUCUUCUACAAUGGCGAAAACAGUCUCGUUUGCAGAGAAAAACGCGAGGCAGAGAAGAGAAAGCAAGAAAGAAAAAAAAGAGCAAAAGAAACCCUCGAGAAAAAGAAACUCUUGAAAGAACAAUGGGAAUCCAGUAAAAGUGCCCAGAGAGGACUGCAGGUUCUGACUGAAAGAACCUGCUGACUGGCCUCCAGGGUGGCGGCUUUCAGAGGAGAAUGUGUGUGCCGGGCCCCAGAGACAGCCAAGUCUCUAAGCGGCAGACAGACUGUCACGAAGAGAGACAUAGACUCUGAGAAUAAAACUAUCAAGAAACACAAGGAAGUCACCACUGGAGAAGGAACAGGGGUGCUUUUGUGGGGGAGGAAAGGUUAUGGUGACGGGAGGCUUGGAGGGCCUCCCGGGCAGCUGCAGAGUCCUCUUUCUUGACCAGGGCGGUAAGUAGAAGCAUGUCCCUUUUUAAGCUAUACAUUUGUGUGACUGUAUCAUAUUUUAUUAUCAAAAGUGAGAAGUGAAAGUAUUUUUGAAAGAAAAAAAUAACAGUAACAGACUUUUUAUGGAAAAAUGAUAGAACUGAGUCCCACAAUAGCAUUUUUAGUGGCUCCUUGUCAUCCUCUGGGGCAUCACUGAUCACUGACACGCGGAUGUCCGUGAGCUUCAUGUCAGGUUAAGAGAAUAAAAGAAGACAAGAUGGUGGGAGGCUUACAGGUUGGUACUCCACCUGCCCAUUUACCCCGUUAGCUUAAUAAACUGUUGACAAGUGGCCACUCUGGUGAGGAAAUACACACGUCACUCCCUGUAUGUGGGUCUACAAGUAGUAGGUUUAUGAGAUGAGGUUUCAGAAACCUGGUUUGUGAAU